CCCGGUGACAACAGGGGAGGGAAAUGGGGCGCGAUGGCGACGACGCUGCAGGGAGACCGCAGCGUGGACAAAGGAUGAUUUUCACAGGUCCGAAUGGAGUUGGAGACUACAGGCCGAGGUCAGGAUACUUCCCCUUGUACAUUGGCGUAGGUGACGCAUCACCUGAGGCCACGGGUGACCUCGGCUACUUAUGGCGAGCUGCACCCAAUGCCCCGCCCCCUAAACCCAAGCAAGGCUAUGUGGGUGAGAUUGGCUGGGGCUGGAAACACAGCCAGCUGCUGAACCGUGGGACGCUGCACAGCAACGUGCAGAUUAAGAAAAGCGAGUUCCGGGCGACGCUGGAGGACAGAGUGACUCAGAGGUUCCAGGACCAAGAAUAGGACAGAAUUUGUAAACCUCACUUGUGUUGUGUUGAACGUCUUCUGUUUCCAGUGCUCAGAGUCAUAUUACUCAUGUGUGUGUGUGUGUGUGUGCUGUGUCAAAUAGAUAGGUGACAAUGUCUCGCACAGGCUUGCACAGUGUUGAGUGGGUUAUCUGAUUGCCCAUUCAUAAUGCAACAUGUUUGCAGAGACUAACACGGCCUCAAGCUACAAACUAGAAA